CGCAUACCUGGUGAGUUUGCGCUGGCGGGCUUGUGUCGCUUGCGCACGCGCACACCGGAGUCGUCUUCACCGCGCUCAUGCGCAUUGGGCAUGCGCGCGCGCGGCGCUGGGGCCGUCUCCGUCGCGUUCGUCUCCGUCCGGUCGUCCUUGGUGGGCAUUAAUCGCUGGUUUGUUGACCCUGCUGACUACAACCACCUUCCCUCCCUGCACGACCAUUCUUUGCGAGCCUCCACCAAUGCCCUUGGCACGUUCUUAGAGCUGGUUGCAUUUGUGCGGUCCCGGGUCUUGAGGCUAUGUACCUUGCGCCGUAAAAGGCUGUAAUCUUAUCGCCUUUGUUUGGACGUCACGUGCUUCGUGGAGUCCACGGGAGUCCACCGUGGACAGUCCACCCCAGCGGACGGCUUGUUCUC